AUGCGUACCUUUUUCUCGGAAGGGGACUUGUAUGAUCUACAACAUUCUGGCGAUUGUUUAUCAUGGAGAGGGACGAGAGGUGAUUACCUUGUGAGGUGCAGACUGGAUAGAGCGGUAGCUAACGGCUACUGGGCGGAGCUGUUUCCAAAAGCGCGUUCCCAGUAUUUGACAUAUGAAGGCUCAGACCAUAAGCCGAUUGUUUCCUUCUUCGAACCUGAUAAGAAAAAGAGACGUGGACUGUUUCGGUUCGACAGGAGACUCAGGGACAAUCCAGAAGUCAAAGCUCUGGUGAACCUAGAAUGGAAAAAGGCGAGAAACAUGUCUGUUAAUGACAGAAUAUCUCUCAUCCGAGCAGCUAUAACCGACUGGAGUAAAAGAAGAUAUUACAACAGCAGACUGCUUAUUGAGCAAAAGAAGAGGGAGCUAGAGGAGGCCAUGACAGACCCAUCAAACGAUACGGACCUGAUUAGUAAGAUAUCAAACGACCUGAGUGCAGCGUAUUCGGCGGAAGAAGAACAUUGGCGACAAAGGAGCCGACUCCUAUGGCUCAGUCUAGGUGAUAGGAACACUGGAUUCUUUCACGCUACGACCAAGAACAGAAGGAGAGCGAACGCGUUUUCAGUGAUUGAGGAUGAAGAAGGCGUGGCAGUGUAUCAGGAAGACCAAAUUUCCAAGGUCAUUGUGGAGUACUUCCAAAAACUUUUUUCAUCAGUGGAGGGACAGAGAGAGGACACAGUCAACUAUGCUCUGGUACCUAUGGUGACAGAGGAUCAGAAUGUCACCUUAAUCCAGGUCCCGACAGCUUUGGAAAUUAAAGAGGCUGCUCUCUCAAUUCACGCCGACAAAGCUCCCGGACCGGACGGAUUCUCCGCGGGCUUUUUUCAUUCAAACUGGGACAGUAUAGGCGACGAAAUAGUCAAGGAAAUCCAGGAGUUCUUCGUCUCAAACAAGUUGCCGGCAAGGAUCAAUGAGACGCACAUCCGUCUUAUACCGAAAGUGCAAAGCCCUCAGAGAGUGGCGGAAUAUAGACCAAUUGUACUAUGCAAUGUCUAUUAUAAAAUUAUCUCGAAGAUAAUGACAAAAAGGCUCCAGCCCCUGCUAUCGGGAAUUAUCUCCGAGAAUCAAUCGGCCUUUGUACCGGGGCGUGCCAUCUCUGACAAUGUGCUUAUCACCCAUGAGGUCCUCCACUACCUCAAAUCGUCAGAUGCUGAGAAGCGUUGCUCUAUGGCCGUGAAAACCGACAUGAGCAAAGCUUACGACAGAUUGGAAUGGGACUUCAUCAAAUGUGUGUUGUUAAGACUAGGCUUUCACGAGAAAUGGGUGGACUUAGUGAUGCAAUGUGUAUCCACAGUUACGUACUCUUUCCUCAUCAACGGCUCGCCUAGAGGAAAAGUCACACCGAGUAGGGGAAUCCGCCAAGGAGACCCACUCUCACCAUACAUAUUCAUUUUGUGUAGUGAGGUUCUCUCGGGUCUCUGUAACAAGGCACAAGAGGGGGGUUCUCUAAAAGGAAUCAGUAUAGCUCGAGGGAGUCCUCGACUAAAUCACCUUCUCUUUGCCGACGAUACAAUGUUCUUUUUAAGAGCAAGCAAGGACAGCAGCGAAGCGCUAUUGAGGGUUCUAAAAGCAUAUGAAGAAGCAUCUGGUCAAUCGAUCAACACCGAGAAGUCUGCUGUUACGUUCUCGCGGAGGACACCUACCUCGCUGAGGUCUACUGUCAAAGAAACCCUGGGAAUUCAAAAGGUGGGAGGUUCCGGUAAGUACCUCGGGUUACCGGAGCUAUUUGGAAGGAAGAAACGCGAUCUGUUCUCAUCUAUUAUCGACAGAAUUCAACAGAAGGCAGCGGGUUGGUCCAAUAGAUACCUGUCUACAGCCGGGAAAAUGACGAUGCUGAAGAGUGUUCUCACUCCGAUUCCGUCCUUUGCAAUGACGUGUUUCCAGCUUCCGGUUUCGCUAUGUAAAAGAAUUCAAUCGACUUUGACCGGUUUCUGGUGGGGUAAAAAAGAUGGUAGAAACAAGAUGGCAUGGAUUUCAUGGACGAAGAUGACCAUGCCGAAAGAUCAAGGAGGAUUGGACUUUCGUGAUAUUCAGAGUAUCAACGAUGCUUUCCUCACAAAGCUCAGUUGGAGACUUGUGCGCAACCCGACUAACCUGUUAGGCAGAACCUUGCUUGAAAAAUAUUACCCAAAUGGAGAUUUUCUUACUUGCACAGUUAGUAGUUCUUGCUCCCAUGGCUGGAGAGGUAUCAUGGUAGGACGUGACUUAAUUGCUGAGAAUUCUGGUUGGGCUGUGGGCAAUGGUGAAAGCUUGAAUAUAUGGGAAUCUCCGUGGCUCAGCCUUACAGCCCAAGAGAGACCCAUAGGACCUGCCCCUGAAGCCCUCGUUAACAUCACAGUGGCAGAGCUAUUCUUACCUGAGAAGAACGAGUGGAACCUAGAGCUGAUCAGACAAAUUCUCCCCUUUGAGGAACACAAGAUUAGAAUGCUAAAACCAAGUUGGACGGGAGCUCCGGACAAGCUAAUGUGGGUGCAUUCUGUGACAGGUGAAUACACCACAAAGACUGGAUACGCUGUUGCAAUACCAAAACACACCGAUCUUACUCAAAUCCCACAAGGAAUCUUGGAUUUCAACUGGAGAAAAAGUGUUUGGAACCUCCACACUGCCCCAAAAAACAAGAUUUUCAUCUGGAAGAUUUUUCACAGAGCCUUGCCAGUUGGCGAGAUUUUAAGAGCAAGACAGAUCAAUGUAGAUGGCAGAUGUAAAAUCUGUGGACUACCGGAAACUAUUGACCAUCUGUUCCUGCAUUGCUCCUUCGCCAAGCAGGUAUGGAACUUGGUUCCGGUAUGGCCAAGCAUCGAUUACAGUGGAACAGCAGAAUUGCGGAGUGAAUGGAACCACCUGAUGGCUCGCCAAGCCCUCCCACCAACAGGACUCGCAGCGGGAUCGCUAGCUCCAUGGAUUCUCUGGCAACUAUGGAAGGCAAGAAAUAGCCUGCUGUUUAAUGACAAAGGCUUCUCAGUCAGGGACAUUAUCUCGGUGGCUAUUGCUGCUGCCCGGGAAUGGAACCAAAGUCAAGAGCUGGCCUCAACGAAGAAGAUUCUACUGAAGCCAAGAGUGACACCCCAAGAAGACUCUGUGAGAGUAAGAUCGGAUGCAGCUUGGAAUGAAGCUAACAAAGUUGCAGGGCUUGGAUGGAUCAUUAGAUCACGGAACAGAAGUUCGUCUUACUCGGAGCCUGCCAGGUAUGUGGGAUCUCCUCUUGUAGCUGAGGGACUAGCGCUAAGAGAAGCCAUUCUGAGAUGUCGUGACCUUGGUCUCCCGAGGCUCAGGUGUGAAUCUGACUGUGCCCAACUUAUCAAGGCGUUGACCUCUGAUCAGUCUUUUGCAGAACUUUACGGUAUUGUAGCGGAUAUCAAGUCCGCUAGCUUUUCUUUUGAUUUCAUCUCAUUCUCCUGGAUCUCUCGUGAGAAUAAUAGGGAGGCAGAUGAUUUGGCAAAGAAGAAGUUAUCUUCUGAAUUUGUAUUAAUAGCCGCAAUCAACUCUGGCUAG